AAUUCCUUCUUUUAACACUUAUUAUUAUCCCAUUAAACAUGAAAAUAUCACAAAAUUCCUCUGUUUUAAUUUAAUUUCUUUCACUUCUCAACUGAGAAAUUAAUUAUCUUCUUCUGUUUUUGGUGUGUCUUAAAAAAAAUGGUGACAACAAAAUUCGAAACAAAAUCCUCCAUUGAAGUUCCCAAUGCUCAACAGCAAGUUGCAGUAGCACAAAAUGAUAAAUCUGCGCAGAAUGGUGAUGAUCAGAAAGCAAGGGACUUACCUCAAAGAGAAGCUACAAUUCCAAUGGGGGAGUGCAAUGAUGCAGAAUACAUAGAGAUUAAUGAAGUUGUUUCUUCUUCAAGGGCAAAUAAUGAUAGGAAACUUUCACUAUUGCCUUUGGUUUUUCUCAUUUUCUAUGAAGUAUCAGGUGGACCAUUUGGUGUUGAGGAUACUGUACAAGCAUCUGGUCCACUUCUUGCACUUGUUGGAUUCUUGGUUUUCCCAAUUAUAUGGAGUGUCCCUGAGGCACUUAUUACAGCUGAAUUAGGCACAAUGUUCCCCGAAAAUAGUGGCUAUGUUGUUUGGGUUUCAUCUGCAUUAGGUCCAUACUGGGGAUUUCAACAAGGUUGGGUGAAAUGGUUGAGUGGAGUAAUCGAUAACGCUCUUUACCCUGUUUUGUUUCUUGAUUAUCUGAAAUCAGGAGUUCCUGCAUUAGGUGGUGGACUCCCUCGUGUUAUCGCGGUCAUAGGCAUUACUUUAGUCCUUACUUACAUGAACUAUAGAGGUUUAACUAUUGUUGGAUGGGUUGCCGUUCUGCUCGGGAUAUUGUCGAUUCUUCCUUUUGUUGUUAUGGGGUUGAUCUCUAUUCCUAAACUAAGGCCUACGAGGUGGUUGGUGGCGGAUGUGCACAACGUUGAUUGGAACUUGUAUCUUAACACUCUCUUUUGGAAUCUGAAUUAUUGGGAUUCAAUAAGUACUCUUGUAGGAGAAGUACAUAAUCCGAAGAAAACUCUGCCUAAAGCUCUGUUUUAUGCUGUGAUUCUAGUCGUUUUAUCCUACUUUUUCCCUCUAUUAGUUGGUACUGGAGCUGUUCCACUAGAACGUGACCUGUGGACGGAUGGUUAUUUCUCAGAUAUUGCGAAAAUACUUGGUGGAGUGUGGCUAAGAUGGUGGAUUCAAGGGGCUGCUGCAUUGUCAAAUAUGGGGACAUUUGUGGCAGAAAUGAGCAGUGACUCUUUUCAGCUACUUGGUAUGGCUGAGAGAGGUAUGCUACCCGAGUUCUUUGCCAAGAGAUCACGUCAUGGAACACCUCUAGUUGGGAUCCUAUUUUCAGCUUCCGGUGUGAUUUUGCUUUCGUGGAUGAGCUUUCAAGAAAUUGUAGCUGCAGAAAACUUCUUGUAUUGCUUUGGUAUGAUCUUGGAAUUUAUAGCAUUCGUACGAUUAAGGAUAAAGUUUCCAAAUGCAUCGCGCCCUUUCAAGAUACCUGGCGGAACAAUCGGAGCCAUCCUGUUGUGUAUUCCUCCAACCAUACUUGUCGGUAUUGUUUUGGCAUUUUCAACAGUUAAAGUCAUGAUCAUAAGCCUUGCUGCUGUUGCAAUCGGGUUGGUUAUGCAACCGUGUCUUAAACGCGUUGAGAAGAAGAAAUGGUUGAAGUUCUCCAUUAGUCCUCAUCUUCCUGACAUUCAUCGCGAUAAUGGAGCAUUACUUCAUUGAUUGAUUCUCAUAUGUCGUUGUAUCUUUUCCUACUAACAGCACACUGCAACAACGAAUAUUCGUGGAGGGCAUAGAGAAAAGAGAUAUUCCAUAAGGAUGAUGGAUGAUCCUUCCGGCUUUUGAAUCUUGUAAGCUUAUAUUUGCCUUGCUCCUCUGCCUAUUCCAUAAGGAUGAUGGCAUUAGAAAUAGACGAUGAAUAUGGUUUCUCUUUUUAUGAUCCAUGACAAGUUACUCAAUGUACGAAAAUGUUCAAACCCUCAUUUUACUGUUACUCCUUAUUUGCUAGCUCGACUUUCAUAAUAGCUGUUAUAUCCAUUCUCUUUGAAACGUUUAUAUCUUAGUGAACGUUCAUGUACCUCCACAUUUUGGCUUUGCUAUCAUAAGGAUGUAGAAUUGAAGUUCUCUGUAUUUGGUUUUAUUUCUUGAGCUUUCGACUAGUUUUCGUUGCCCCUCUGUUUUGAUAGAGAUUUUGCUUAUAAAAUCUGGACUAGUUGGAGUGACUUCUA